GCUUCCGCCUCCAGACCGGAAGUUUGGUCCCACGGGCGGAAAAUGGCCGCCCGGUGGCUGGCGGUCUGUUAAAUCGAGUAACGGCUCCGGAUUUAAAUAUUUACAAACAAAAAAGCGAGCAGCCAAGAGCUCCAAAUCUCCGCGAAUAGCCGGCAAUGGCACGGGAACCGAAUUCAAGAUCCUUUGGAGAAACAUGAUUUUCUGUCUGUAUUCACAACUUCUCUCCUAAUACCCAAGGCCCAAUUUCCUUCAUAAUGUAUCACGCUUUGGAGUAUGCAUUGGACCGUGCAGAGUAUAUAAUUGGAUGUGCUCGGCAGCGACCUCCAAAAAGAAGGCAUUCAUCAAGUGGAAGGAAAUCUGUACAUCAGAAACUAUAUGAUUUGUACAUGGAAGAAUGUGAAAAAGAACCAGAGCUGAAGAAAUUAAGGCGAAAUGUCAACUUGCUGGAAAAACUUGUAAUGCAGGAAAGAGUGUCAUGUCUUGUGGUAAAUUUAUAUCCAGGAAAUGAAGGUUAUUCACUGAUGCUUCGGGGGAAAAAUGGAUCAGAUUCAGAAACAAUCCGUUUGCCUUAUGAAGAGGGAGAACUGCUGGAAUAUUUGGAUGCAGAAGAGCUUCCACCAAUUCUUGUAGAUCUUUUGGAAAAAUCUCAGGUGAAUAUUUUUCACUGUGGAUGUGUCAUAGCUGAAGUACGAGAUUAUAGGCAAUCUGGUCAUAUGAAAGCACUUACAUACCAAAGUAGGCAUGUUCUACUUCGGCCCACGAUGCAGAGCUUAAUUUGUGAUGUUCAUGCAAUAACGAGUGACAACCACAAAUGGACACAGGAUGACAAGCUUGUCCUUGAAAGUCAGUUGGUACUCCAUACAGCAGAGCCACUUUGUCUAGACCCUUCCUUCACUGUUACAUGCACAACCAAUAAACUUCUUUAUAACAAACAAAAGAUGAACACUAGACCGAUGAGAAGGAAUAUGAAGCGAUAUUCCCGACCAGCAUUGAACAAGCAGCAGGAGAUAACCCAAUGCACAUCAUCACCUCACCUUAAGUUGUUUGAUUAUUUACAAAAGAGAAAGGAAAGAAAGCCAGUGUUACCUGUUGACCUUAAAAUUUCAAGAGCUGGAAAUUGUGUUGACAUGUGGAAGCAGAGUCCUUGCCAGCUCACAGUGCCAUCUGAAGUUGAUGUGGAAAAGUAUGCAAAAGUGGAAAAAAUGAUCAGAUCUGAUGACUUGCAAGCAGCAAUCUGGCCACCCCAUGAAACAAAUGAUGAGUAUGUUUUUGAAUGGGAAGGGACAGAUCAAGCUCAUGCAUCCAAAUUAACGAUUUACCAAUCACCAGAUGACCCCCUGUUUUAUGGUAAGAUACAAAUGAUGAAGGACUCCAAACCAGAGGAAGAGAACAAACAUGUGGUUACUCACAUCCCGUUCCCUAUAGGUACAAAAGCAGAAGCUGACAGGUUUGUAAAGCAGUAUUUUGAGGUUUUGCAGCAGGAUACCAAAUGUCCAGUGAAGAUUUCCCAUAAUUCAGCUGGCUCGGUGAGUCAGAGUCAUUUGUCUCCUGGGAAAGAAAUUGAGCAAUCUGAAGAAAUUUCUGGAUCCGUCCAGUCUUCUAUACUGGGAAAGGGCGUAAAGCACAGACCUCCACCCAUUAAACUCCCUAGUGGUUCCAGUGCAGGUUCUUCAGGAAAUGUCUUUGGUACAUUGCAACCAAGUGGCCAUCUGAAGUCCACAACUCCCCCUCCUACUACCACCAAAAGUGCUAAUCUGUCUCGAAAGCAUUCAGUGGAUCAAGUCAACAUGCUCUCACCACCUGCCAUGUCUCCUGUGGGCUCAUCGCAAAGAUCUGGGACACCCAAGCCAUCUACCCCUACACCAACCAACACCCCUUCAUCAACUCCACACCCUUCUGAUGCUCAAACCCCCGUAUCUACAGCCACUCCCACAGCUACCCCUUCUAUACAAGAAUCAGGCCUCAACCCGCAGACCCUUUUAACCCCUUUUGCCCAGCAGCAGUUGGCGCUCAGUCAAGCUCUGCCAGUAAUGACCAUUCCUCUUUCCACCAUGGUAAAUUCCAUUACAACAGGGAGUUCAUCCACCCAGGUGAUGACAAACCCAGCAAGUCUCAACUUCAUCAAUGUAGUGGGGUCUGUUUGUGGAGCACAGUCAUUAAUGAGUGGUUCAAACCCCAUGUUGGGGAGCAAUUCUGGUGCCAUAACCCCUACUGGUAUAAACCUAAGCAGCAUUAUACCACCAGCAGGACUGGUGCCAAGCUCUCUCCCAGCUGCUAUGCAAUCUGCAGCCCAAGCAGGUGGUUCAUUUGUUGGUUUAAAAAAUGCUCCUGGUUUCAGACCUCUGAAUUUGCUUCAGCUGUCAAGUGGUCCACCAGUGAUCUACAAUCCACUGCAGCAGCAACAGCUCCCUCAGUUUUCUCAACUACAAUCAUCCCAACAGUCUGCAACUUCCAGCCCUCAGCAGCAGGGAGAACAGAAUUCUGACCAGGCUCCAACUAGCCAGGAACAGGCUUUGACAGCUCAGCAGACUGCAGUCAUCAACCUAGCAGCAGGUUUUGUGCCUCCACAGGCUGCAGUGUUGUCUCAGCUUGGCUCUGCUGUGAACAGACCCGGGCAAAGCCUUCCUCAGCAGAGACUCCAGCUUACAUCUACCUUACAGCAGCAACAACAAGCCUUGCAGCAGCAGCAACAAAUACAACAGUUGCGAUACUUGCAGCAUCAAAUGGCUAUAGCAGUUCAAAUUCGACAACAACAGCAGCAGCAGCAGCAUCAACAGUAUUCAAGCAGCCAGUCAAAAAAUAAGAGGAAAAGAGGGACUCCAACUCCACCAAAAUCAUGAACCAUUUCAUGGUUUUACCUUUAAUGCUGCUUCUGGAAUUUACCU